CAACUGCAAGUCCCCACCCACCCCUGCUCUCGACGGGAACGCGCCUCCUAUGACACACUCUACUACGAACGCAGUCAACACGCACGGACGGACUGACCCAGCUUUGCCAGGCGCACAGUCGAAAUUCCAGGCAGGAAGUUGUGUUCUGGGACUUGGCGGAGAAAACAACCACUUGAUCUUACAUGCGGGGAGGAUUUACAAGAAGAAACGUGUUGAAGAGCGGCACUUGAGUGGAAUACGUUAUACGUUACUGGAGGGAAUAUGGACUAAUGUUGGUUGCGCUCGAUGGAGGCGGCGAGAACUUUAGUGCUUCUCUGGGUUCUGAUUUUUGGAGUUCCGCGAACGGCUGCCAAAGUAUGUCUGGGCACAGAUAUGAAGACGUCUCUGCUGUCCAGUCAGGAGAAUCACUAUAAGAUACUCAGGCAGCUCUACACCAACUGCCGCAUCGUCCACGGCAACCUGGAGAUCACACAUCUGCGUGGCAACCCAGACCUCUCCUUCCUCCAGAAUAUCGUGGAAGUGCAGGGCUAUGUGCUAGUGUAUAACGUGUCAGUGGGUGUGAUUCCUCUGGAGAAUCUACGCAUCAUCCGAGGCAGUCAGCUCUUCAACACCAGCUACUCACUGGCCGUCCUGGAGAACACCCUACUCAUCCAACUGAAUCUGCGCAGCCUCACAGAGAUCCUGUUGGGUGGCGUUGACAUCCAGAGGAACCCGAACCUCUGUUACCCCGACCCCGGCCUCAUAGAUUGGGACGACACCCUGGACACAAAGAACAAGUACAGAACAUUGCGACACCUGCAGCCAGUGCCAGCAACCAGCUGUCCAGGCUGUGCCUCCAGUUGUGGACCAAAAGGAUGCUGGGGAAGCACGGAAAAUGACUGCCAAAUAUUAACUCAUGUGCAUUGUCAGGGUUGUCCGCGUUGUAAAGGUGAUAGGUCUAGUGACUGUUGCCACAUACAGUGUGCUGCUGGCUGUACUGGGCCCAGAGACACAGACUGCUUUGUGUGUCGUCACUUUAACAACAAUGGCACCUGUAGGGAGAGCUGCCCCCCUCCCACCAUCUAUGACCCCAAUACCUACCAGUCCAAGCCCAACCCAAACAAGAGGCUCAACUUCGGUGCCACCUGCGUCAAGACCUGCCCGUAUAACUAUCUAGCCAUGGAUGUGGCCUGCACACUCUAUUGCCCCCAGGACAACCAGGAAGUUAUCAUUCCACAGCCUGGUGGUCCAGAGAUACAGAAAUGUGAAAAAUGUGAAAACUGCCACAAAGUGUGCCAGGGGCUGGGUAUGGGCUCUCUUCAGGGGGUGUCUGCUGUGAACUCCUCCAACAUCGACCUCUUCCUUAACUGCAAGAAAAUCUACGGCAGCCUGGCCUUCCUCAGCCAGUCUUUCCAGGGAGACCCAGGGUCCAAUCUGUCAGGCCUUCUCCCAGCCCAGCUGGAGGUGUUCAGGAAUCUAGAGGAGAUCACAGGAUAUUUGUACAUCGAGGACUGGCCAGCAAAUAUGCAAAAUCUGAGUGUGUUUGAGAACCUGAAAUUGAUCCGAGGAAGGAUGCUUUACAAGAGUGUGCUAUCUCUGGGGGUCCAGUCGCUGCACAUUGAGUCUCUGGGUUUGCGUUCGCUCGAGCGCAUCAACGGCGGCCUGGUCCUGAUCUCCGAUAACCCCCAGCUGUGCUACACGCACUCCGUGCCCUGGAACGCCAUCCUCACACCCGUGCAGAGCAGCAUCGCCAGCAUCAUCAGCAACGGCAAUAGAGAUCUGCAGGCCUGUGAGGCGGAGGGUCACGUCUGCCAUCCCCUGUGUGGCACAGGAGGGUGCUGGGGCUCAGGCCCGGACCAGUGUGUGGAGUGUGUGUCGUUUCAGCGCGGGACGGAGUGUGUCGAGGAGUGUAACAUCCUGGAGGGGUCUGUGCGAGAGUUUACUGACGGCAGUCGCUGUGUUCCCUGUCACUCAGAAUGUCAACCAAUCAACGGCUCAGCUUCCUGUGAUGGACCGGGGGCACAACAGUGCAGGGAGUGCCUGACCGUGCAGGACGGCGCCAUGUGUGUGAGCAAGUGCCCCAGUGGCACAAAGGAGGAGCAGCACACCGUGUGGAAGUUCCCCAACGCCACGGGCCACUGCCAGUCCUGCAACACCAACUGCACCCUGUCGUGUCCACUGGAUGAACGUGGCUGUCCCAUCGCAGUCAAAUCAGGGUCCGGCACGUCUAUCGCGGCGGCAGUGGGUGGUGUACUGCUCUUUAUCAUCCUCCUGGGGCUGCUGGUGUUCUACAUGCGCCGCCAGAGGCACCUGAAGAGGAAGGAGAACAGGAGGAGGAUCAUGCAGGAGCAUGAGCUGGUGGAGCCACUGACCCCGAGCGGAGCUACGCCCAACCAGGCCCAGAUGCGCAUCCUCAAGGAGACAGAGCUCAAGAAGCUCCGUGUUCUCGGAUCUGGAGCCUUCGGAACUGUCUACAAGGGUAUCUGGGCCCCAGAUGGAGAGAGUGUGAAGAUCCCAGUGGCCAUAAAGGUUUUACGUGAGAACACCUCACCCAAGGCAAACAAAGAGAUCCUGGAUGAGGCGUAUGUGAUGGCGGGUGUUGCCAGCCCGUACGUGUGCCGUCUGCUGGGCAUCUGCCUGACGUCCACCGUGCAGUUGGUCACGCAGCUCAUGCCCUACGGCUGCCUGCUCGACUACGUGCGCGAGAACAACGAGUGCAUCGGCUCGCAGUCACUCCUCACCUGGUGUGUGCAGAUCGCCAAGGGCAUGAGUUACCUGGAGAAUGAGAGACUCGUACAUCGUGACCUGGCAGCCCGGAACGUUCUAGUGAAGAACCCCUCCAUCGUAAAGAUCACCGAUUUUGGACUGGCCAGAUUGCUGGACAUUGAUGAGACAGAGUAUCAUGCAGAUGGAGGAAAGGUGCCCAUUAAGUGGAUGGCCUUGGAGUCCAUCCUCCACCGGAAAUUUACUCAUCAGAGUGACGUCUGGAGUUACGGCGUGACAGUGUGGGAGCUGAUGACUUUCGGAGCGAAGCCCUAUGACCAUAUUCCAGCACGGGACAUCCCUGAGCUGCUGGAGGGAGGAGACCGGCUCCCCCAGCCCCCCAUCUGCACCAAGGAGCUCUACAUGAUCAUGGUCAACUGCUGGAAGAUUGACCCGGAUAGCCGACCCAGGUUUAAGGAGUUGGUGACUGAAUUCAGCACAAUGGCCAGGGACCCUGCCCGCUACGUUGUCAUUCAGAAUGACGAGCAAAUGAACCUGGCGAGCCCAGUGGACAGUCAGUUCUUCCGCACGUUGAUGGAGGAGGAGGGCGGGGAUGUCCGCGAGCUGCUUGAUGCUGAGGAAUACCUGGUUCCCCAUCAGCCCAGUUUCUUCCGACAGCAGGGCGAGAACACGGCCAACGGCCCCAGUAGACACCACUCCCAUCGGAGCACAGAUCAGCAGCUGAUGGAAGUGGACGGCAGUGGGCGGAGCAUGCACUCGUCCAAUAGCACGCUGGCGCGGAGCCAGUACCCGACACUGCCAGUGGGUGGCGGCUGGGCAGGGGGGGCAUAUCCCUCGCUCGCCCGCAGCAUCUCGCAUCGCUCCCAAGGGGCGCAGUCGGACUCGGUGUUCCUGGACGGAGGGGUGGGGCCCGAUGACGACGGACCCCCCGCCAGCCCGGGGAGGUACUGCCAGGACCCCACCUUCCCCAAUGGCUUCCCCGAGGGGGAUGGAGAGACGGAUGGGGCGGGGCAGAGCCCAUUCUCAAACACGCUGCCCCGCAGGACACACAAGCAGCCAGAGUAUGUGAACCAAGAAGUGCCGUCGGAGCGUCCGAGCACGCUCCCCAGGAAAGGGGCGGAGCGGCGGCUGCGUAAUGGAAUAUCAACAGGGCACAGCGUGGACAACCCUGAGUACCUAGUGCCACCCGGGAGCCUCUCACCGGCCUUCGACAACCCCUACUACUUGGACCUGGUGGCCAAGGCGCAAGCAGUGGCCGCCGCUAACGACAGGAGUCCGAGCAUGUCCACGGCAACGAUGUCCCCGCCUCACCGGCAGCUCAACGGCUUCAUCACGCCCACCGCUGAAAACCCAGAGUACCUGGGGCUAGCCGACACCUGGAGUGGACAGAAGGAGCACACUUGAGAGGACAAAACACACCUGGGACAGCAGAUGGAGAGAGAGGGAGAGAGGGAUUGGGGGGUCUGGAGGAAAGGGUGGAUCGCUAGAGAGCAAAAAUGCGUAUGCAUGUGUACCUGUAUGCAUGUGUACCUGUAUGCAUGUGUACCGGUAUGCAUGUGUACCUGUAUGCAUGUGUACCUGUAUGCAUGUGUACCAGUAUGCAUGUGUGUGUGUGUGUGUGUGUGUGUGUGUGUGUGUGUGUGUGUGUGUGUGUGUGUGUGUCAGUGGGACCAGCCUCUAUCUUCCCCUCCCUCCAUACAGUCACUCCAUAUGUAGCAUUGCGGGGAGACACUAGUGAACUCUUGAUUUUGAUCAUGCAAGCAAUCAUGUCUCAAACAAAACUGUUUACACAAUGUCAGAAAAUGGCCUCCCCUGCCUAAUGCAGAAGAGGCCAAACCGAUCCCAUUUUCUCUCCACAAUCUUGUUUUCCAAAGCAAAUCAGGUACGACACCCAGAAUCAUUUCCUUCACCUGUUGUUAAAUGCAAAAGAACACCAAAAAAGAGUGAAGACAGACUAAGAUAUUUUUCUUCUCUAUUCGUUCAAUGGCACGAAAAGACUUCUUGACUCCGUAGUCUUGUGGAGAAAAGGACCAUCGGAUUUCUGUCUUGACCUCUCAGACCGUCCUGUGGUGGUUUGUUGGGGAGUUUGUGAAUGUUUAACUUAUGUUCUCCCCUGAAGCGAAGGGUAGCAGCACAAUAAUGUCCAUUUUGUCUGGAGGUCCCCUCAAGGCCCAUCUGUGCCGAACCAGCAAAGGCUGAAAGAAAGGCUUUAUGUGCCAGAAGACAGAUGCAUUGUGUGUGUGUGUGUGUGUGAGAGAGAGAGAGACUGAGUACUUCUUACUCAGAAGUGCAAACUACACAACUUUUACACCAUAAGUACCAUGACCAGCAAUAUUGUGUAGACUGCUCUGUGGUGCGUCCAGGUCUCCAUUUUGGGCUCAUCCAUCGGAUUGUGCCCAGUGGUGGACAGUAGUGUGUUUCCUGUGGGAGAGAGAGUGUGUGUGAAUCAUCACCCCCCCACCCCCACCCCUGCCAUCCACCCCUGCAUCAAAGUGCGACAGACACAUAUCCACAGACACACACACACACACACACACACACACACACACACACACAGAGAGACUGCUUAAUAUUCAUGGGUUCAUUUCUGAGAAUGUGUUUAAGAAUGUUCACAUGUGAAUGUGACUCUCUGAGGUUGUUGCCUCAGUGCCUCCCAGUGCCUUUGUUCUUUGUUGUACUUUCCCAAAUGGCCAACAGGUUCCUGUGUGAACUUUAUUCACACUUCUGGUUUGUCUCUCUUGUGUUUGCUCCAAUUUGCUCCAAUGUUGUGGAGACAAAAAAAAAUGAAGGGGGGACUUGAGGUGUCAGACUUUCUUCGAGCAGCUUGAGCUGAGGAUUAAUCUCAUAUUAGGAGUCAUCUCUACAGUCAUACAUUUAACGGCUGUCCUUGUGUAUUUUACAUAGAAACCUUAUGGAGUAGACCAUAUGUUUUCAAAAUUGUCCGGAACUUUCUCUUCAAUCACGCAUCGUUGGAUCAUCCCCUAGCUGGGUUCAGUUCAAAUCUACCUUCUCAUGGCACCAUUUCUCCUACCUCCAACUGGAUAACUGGCACAUUUAGCGGAACAGUUCCUUCCCCUCUGGCUGUGGACAGCUUUGGCCUAACCCUAGUGAAUUAGAUCGUCAUGGAGACAGAGAGAUUUUUGUGACGACACGCAUGGCCAUUAGGAUAAGGAGCCACUGGGACUGAGAAGUCUGUUGAGAGACUGCAGCAAUUCUUCAGUCUAUUUGGACGUUUCCUGAUGUAAGCCACAACAAUGACUUAUUUGUGUGUGAGUGUGUGUGAGUGUGUUUGUGUGUGAGAGAGAUAGAGAGACUGGCCAGAUGGGGGUGGAAGUAUUCAUUGAAUUUGUGCCUAUUUUGUUCACGCACAGCCAGCAGCGUUGUUGCACUUCUUCCUCCAUAAAAGACGUUAGUGUCCACACUCAGUUUGGCAUGCUGGUGGUUAGACUGCAGAUGCAGUAGGGAUACUCUGACCACUCUCAAAAGGCUGAAAUAUUCCCACUUGUCCUCACCCUGUUUAUCCACCAAAACAAACACUUCCACAAUUAUCAGCUUAACCAUUGCAGUCACUACCUGUACAAUCAUAAUCUUUGUGUAUGUCAUCAACUUCAACAUCAGCAGCAUUUGUAUAGACUUUGAACAGCAUCUAUUUCAUAUUAUUUUGACUGGCUAUGGCACACAGCAGCCACCCAUAUGGAAUUUAACAGAUCCAUUCUGGCUAGCUGUGCUCUGAGGAUUUGCAAUGUUCUAGAAUACACGUUUUAGAAUCUAGAAGACAUGAGUUCCAGAAGUACUCCCAGGAUGCUGAGGGGCAGCUGGCUUCAUUUUCAUAAGCUGUUUGCAUUGUAACUGGAAGAAAAAAUAGCUCUUAAAUUAAAUGACUGCAUAGGUCUGUACGAAUAGUACCAAAAAAGAGAAGAGAUCACUGGGGUUUCAGUUGAUUGACUGAGAGCCAGAAUUAUUUAGAUGGAGUUUGAUCCAACCUGAUGUAUCAUCUGAGAUAGCUGUGUUAUUAUUGCAGACCUUAUAUUCAGCGCCGACUGCUAUAUUGAAUGCUUGAAUCUAGUUCAAUAUUGCAGUUACCAAACCUGUUUUUAUACUAAAUUAGAUUUCUACAUAUAACUAUUAAAUCUUCAUGUAAGUCUGCAUAUGAUUUUCUGCUAUUUCAGUCACACACACACAUGGUGCGGACCUCAUUUCUGAGAUUUUGCUUGAGAAGAUUAAUGAUAUUCCACCGUCAAUGGGAAACUUGGACUCGGACUAUGUGUGCAGCUGGCUGAAGGUGCCUUUGAAGGAAUUAUAAAAUCUUUGUCUUUAAUUGUGAUUUUGAAAAAUGAAAUGUUUCUUUAUAUUUUUUCAUGUGAAUGCUUUUUAUAUAUCGUAAAUGGUUUUCAUUGGAUUGUUCUGUGGGAGAGGAGACUGUUAUUAUCGUCAUGGGGGUGUUUGAUAGUGCCUUUCUCUAAAUGAGCCAAGUCUAGGUGCAUUUAUGCUGUCGAAAAAUAAAAAACAACUUCCAAGACAUUAACAGGUCGUUAAUAAGGCUAUAUGCAAAACAUUGUGCAUUAAAUGCACACAAUUUUGGGGGGUGGGGUUUAAUGGUACUGAAGAAUUUUUAUCCUGGUGCUUUUUUAUUUUUCUGCAACAACUACUGAAUGCAUCUAAACUGUCUUGUAAAUAUUGAAUUGCUUUAUGUAACGGUACAGAAAACUGAUUCAGAGGACUGUGGCCAUUAAGCCAAAAGGUGGCACCCUAAGCAUUGUAUAAAUUCAGUCCACUGUCCAUUUGAUGGUCAUUUUAAUUGAGAGACAGCUUCCCAGAAGCCAGUCUAUUCUCAAACAGAUCCAGUCCACACCUGCUCAGGCCUGCAGGGGGGAUUUCUUGUGGUUAAGUGGCAAAUCUGGGUAAGGUAACCCAGAGAAAGUGGUAGACCUUCCAACAAAAGCCCUGUGGCUCACCUAGCAAACCAAAGCCAAAAGGCGCUUCUUGUAGGAGGCUUAUCACUAUGCAGAAAUUCACCCAGGUUUCACUAAAAAACAUAUAUGUGGCAUCUAAAGGCAAUGUCCGGUUUUACCACUUCUGGUAGUCUUAUAUUAGGCUAUGAUAUAUCAAAGAGUAUUUUAUUUACUCGGCUUUAGUGCUGAAUCUACUGAUGUGGGCUAGCAUCACUGACUUGACCAUAUGGAUACAAUCUGGUGCAAAUAUGUGAAAUAUUGUAGAGAAUAAUGAAGUGCUUUGAAGUGUAAAAAUGUUUGAGAUACAUUUAUACUGUGUGUGGCAUAUAAAUUAAUACAAGAAAACA